AGGAGGAGAAGACUACGACUUUAGUGCAUUGACUUGCAAAGAAGAAAACAAGAAAAAAUCCAGAGGAGGAGGAAACUUCCAUUUCGCUCUCAUCGCUCUGCGUACUGUUCAUCAUCUUCUCCACUUCAGUCGAGGCGACUGCUUCAUUCGUUCAGCUCUCUCUCUCUCUCUCUCUCUCUCUCUCUCUCUCUCUCUAAAACCCUUACUGCGAGACCUUCAGCUCUCACUCUCACAGCGCUCUCUCUCUCGAGGGGCAACCCAGAACCAGUCGUCUCCGGCGCCCGUCCCUUCCUUCGACAUGCACAAGUUCUUCAACCGCCCGAGUACCUUUAAUUCAGCUGAUUCUUCUAGUGAGGCUGUCGUCAGUUCGAGCCUUCACUCUGUUGAAGCUGCUGUCCCUCACAUUAUGCAGGAGAAGCUUAAUCAGAUAAUGGCUAUGCAAAAAGAAGAGGGCAGACGACUAGAGACUUCCCUUGCACAAAGCAUGGAGAAAAUUGUCAAGGCAAAUAGUGAUGCUUUGUGGGCUCGUUUUCAAGAAGAGAAUGUUAAAAACGAGAAGCUACUGCAGGAUCAUGUACAGCAGAUAAUGGCUAUGCAAAAAGAAGAGGGCAGAAGACUAGAGACUUCCCUUGCACAGACCAUGGAGAAAAUUGUCGAGGCAAAUAGUGAUGCUUUGUGGGCUCGUUUUCAAGAAGAGAAUAAAAACGAGAAGCUACUGCAGGAUCGGGUGCUGCAGAGAAUAAAUAUUCUGGCCAAUUUCAUGAACAAGGACUUGCCUGCCACUAUAGAGCGAAUAGUGAAAAGGGAAGUUGCUACAGUUCAAACAAAUGUUCUUCGUGCCAUUACACCAGCUAUUGAGAAGACAAUAGUUUCAGCUAUUACAGAAUCCUUCCAGAAAGGGGUAGGUGAUGAGGCCAUCAGUCAGCUUGAGAAAUCCAUCAACUCUAUACUGGAAGCUUCAGUUGCUAGGCAAAUCGUAGCACAGUUCCAAACAUCUGGAAGGCAAGCGCUACAGGAUGCUUUGAAGUCUAGUAUGGUAGCUUCCAUGGUCCCUGCCUUUGAGAAGUCAUGCAGAGCCAUGUUAGGGCAUUUUGAUGCUACGUUUCAGAGAGGAAUGACCGAACAUACUUCUGCAGCUAUGCAUUAUUUAGAGAAUGCUAACUCUCCGCUUACACAUGCUUUAAGGAUGGACUGGUACGGUGAUUUCGGUGAAAUUACAUGGAACAGACAGGGACCACCUCGUGGCGAUCGAGGAAGUAAUCGAUUCGGCAAAUCUGACUCGAUCCCCAAAUGUCGUCUAAUUCAAGGGCUUUUUUCUUGGGGGAUUCUUGCCUCUCUUCUAUUCAUUCAUUUAUAACAGUAGGAUCAACUUUUUAUAUUAAAAUUUUCAUUAAAAGGCUAAUUGGAUGGUUCAACGAGGCGGGCUAGAUAAGCGUCAAGGUUUAGUUAUUCUUUUUACUUUUAUCAAAGUUCAAAUCUAAGCUGGAAAUAAGAAGGAAAAUAUGUCAAA